ACCUCAUCUUUCUUUUCGCCCAUAUAUCUUCACAAUGUUUUCGCCUCUUCUCAAACUCUUCCUACUAGGAAGCAUCUCCAUCUCGCAGACAAUAGCUAAGCCGGCCAUCAUCCCUCGCUCGCCCACGAACAAAUACCAAAUCUCUCCGUACAUCAUCCCCCUCAAUCCGCCCAAGAAAGUCUGGAUCGAUAAUUUCUCUGCGUCUAUUCGCAUUGGAAACCACACUCUCAAUGCAGUACUAGACACCGGAUCCUCCAACAUAUGGUUUAUGACCCCUUCCACCCAAUGUGCCGACCCACAAACCGGGGACCCCAUCCCAUCGAGUGAAUGCGGCUACAGAGGACCCAAAUACACACCAGACCCGUCGUCCUUCAUGGCAAUUCCGGAUGUUCACGCAAACAUCAGUUACGUGAUCGGGGAUGUUAUGAAUGGUAUCCACGGGGUCGGGAAUGUGACAUUCGGUGGUUUGCAAGUUGACUAUCAACAAUUGAGUCUCGCGACGUACGCAAAGUCGUCGUAUGAUGGACCGUGGAGUGGUCUCAUAGGCUUAGCAUAUCAGAGUAUAACUACGAUAUACCCUGGUGUCGAUCCUUCGAAAGAUAUCCCCUGCAUCGAUUCCCUUAAGGCCACGAGUAAGAACUGCAAUCUGCUGCAUUACAGACCACUCCUUUCCACCAUUUUCCAGCGAAACCUCACAAAGCCUAUCUUCGCUUUCGCAAUGAGUCGAAGCAAGGAAACUGGAGGUAUCAUGACUCUGGGUGGCAUACCGGAUCCAAAUGACGCUCAGAUCAACGCGACAAACGGCCCCGAAGCCACAGUUCCGAUCGAGAGAGAAGAGGGCAGUACCGAGUAUUCUGAAUACUACAUCCCAGUGGACGGCCUCAAUUUCACCGGUGCCGCAGCUGGCGCAGGAAAAGGGCAGUAUCUAGUCGACACUGGUACCGUACCCAACAUUGUUCCGCAAGAGCAAGCAGAAGCAAUCAACGCGCUAUUCGAUCCGCCGGCCGUUUACAACAAGACCAAAGGCGGUUCUAUUGCCCAAUGUAACGCCACGGCUCCUGAUAUAAGCGUUGAAAUUGGCGGCCAGCUGUUUGGUAUCAAUAGAAAGAAUUGAUUCUUAGUGCGGAUGUUGAUGAGAGGGGCUGUUCCAGCGGUAUUCAGAACGGAAAUGCUACUAGAGGUGGUAUAUUAGGUAGUCUCUUUUUGAGAAGUAUGCUUGCUGUAUUUGAUGUUGGGAGGACGGAGAUGAUGUUUUCGAGUCGGAUGUAUUAUUCUGAGUCGGAGACGGUUUAAUAUAGAUCAACAUUGGGUGUAUCGAGUGUUGCAGAAGAAGCUGAAGAGGUGGGACUUAUAGAGUGAAAAAAGGCAUGCAGGAACUCUGACUCCCUGUCCGACAGUGACAAGAGAUUCUACUAUGUCUUAAGAGAUACAAUGAAUGGGAAAGAUACUUUUGUGGAAUUUAGAGAAAGUAGUUCGAGAAAGACAGUCGGUGAUAGAUGACGUUAAAAUCUGCAAGUGC